GAACGUUGAAUUUAACGGUCGGUUUGGCAGUGAAAGUGGAAAGUGGAAGCCAUCGCCUUGCUCCACGAGCCUGGCCAGCGAAUUGUUUGGUGCGGAAAAUAGAAAACAAAAAAGUAUACAAAAUACCGAGGGAGUACGAAAGUGAAUUAACCCAAAAUAUGACUAGCUAGUAAAACAAAAGUGUUCAAACAGUCAGAAUAAAAAGUGUUCAAACAGAUAGUGCUCAUCAAACAACGAAUGUUAAAGUGUUCAAACAUUGCCAUAAGUUAAACUUUAAAUAUAAAAUCAAGUGCCACCAUUUCACUUGGCGUUGGAGUUGGAAUCUGCAAAUUUGCUGAGGCACUUCCGGGGAAUAAAACAGCUGGACACAAGGGCCAUUUAUGAGUGCGCGAAGUGAAGUACUCGGCUGAUGGCAAAUGGAUGCUGUCUAAAAUCAAAGAAACAAAUAUCAAGACCAGAGGAAAAACAUCGGGGACGUGCAACAAUUAACGGGCGGAAAUCGGAAUGUAUAAACAAUCAGCAAAAUGUGCAAAUUCGUCGAGUGCCAAUCGAAAGCCAGCUUGAGUGAAAGUGAAAAACUGCGGCGCGGGCAAAUUAUUAAUUAUCCGGCUGCUUAUUAGCGGAAAUUUUCCCAAGGCAUCGCAGACAUUUUGUUUAUGAGCCAAUUUGCCAAACGCAAAUAAAACCGAACCGCUGCCAGUCGUGCAUUAAUAAUUAGCAUACUCCGUCCCAAGCCCAUUUUUACCCCCAACCCCCAUUGAAAAUACCACGGAACAGAAAGUGCGGCGUGUGGCGUUGAAGUGUUUAUUAAAUUGUCUUUGCCGCAAAUGCAAGACAUUUGGCCGACAAGCGGAGUAAUCGUACUUGCCACCUCGAAAUGCUGGAGCUGCAACUUUGCGGAGAUUUGUCAGCCGGCGACUUGAGCGAAAUCCCCGAAAUGGGACACCAAAGGGCCACGGACACGGGACCUCGGCAGAUCCAUGGCCGGAGAAAACCAGUCUGCCGGACUCUCCCCACCAGAUUCCUCCUGCUGCUCCGCCUUCUGCUGCUGAGCAUGGAGCUCGUGGAGUGCGCGCUGCGCAAUGUCAAUUUAAUAAUCGAACCACCGGCGGUGCGGCGAGGCCAACAUGUGGUGCUGCGCUGCAUGUACGACCUGGACGGGGCUCCACUGUACUCGGCCAAGUUCUAUCGCGGCCAGCUCGAGUUCUACCGCUAUACGCCCGGGGAGUUCCCCAAUACGAAGGUGUUUCCAUUCCCCGGCAUUCAUGUGGAUGUAAGCAGCUCGAAUGCCACCCAGGUGCUGUUGCGCAACGUGGGAUUCGGUCUCUCGGGCAACUUUUCAUGCGAAGUGACCGCCGGCCCCCUCUUCUCGACCGCCACCGCAGUGGACACCAUGCAAGUUGUUGAGCUGCCCGAGAAGCGUCCGCAGCUUUUCACGGAACACACGCGCUACGAGCCCGGCGAUGUCCUGCGGGCCAAUUGCAGCACUCCCCCGUCGCGCCCGCGGGCAGAACUCACAUUUACCAUCAACAACAUGGUGAUAACCAAUGUGGACACUCAGUACAUACGCACCAUCGAUAAUCUGAUUGCCUCGCGGAUCUCGCUGAAGCUGCAACUGCAGGGCGUUCACUUUUCCAGCGUGAACCCGGCCAUCUACAACAAUGUCUAUGGUCUGAACUCGGUUUACGGCCACGGCGGACCGGUUUAUGCCCCAAAUCCGAAUCCUGGGGGAUUACUGUUGCGCUGCUCGGCGCAAAUCGGGGAUCUGUACCAGGAGUACAAGGAAAUCGAGUUGGGCACUCCGCAGAAGGAUCCGAUACCGGCACGUGUUACGCUCUCUUCCGACUCCAGCCUGAAGAACUUUUUCAGCUCGUAUUUCUCGACCUCGGCAUCGGCGGCAUCGCGACUCCUGCCCGGCGUCUAUGUGGCGCCGCUUAUAAUGGCCAUCCUGGCUGGCUUGUUCCGGCUAAUUGAGGCUGCAUUUGAGACCUGCCAGAGGUCAGAGGUCAGGCCCUCGAUGGCACAUUCCCGGGAGCAGCUCCACCGGCGUCCAGCUCCCCUGUCCAGCUGCAGCGCCUCCAAGGCGUCCCGACAGCAACUGGCCUGGCCAGAAUCGAGGACAGACGAUCUGGCCUAGGCGUGUGUGUUACCAGUUAGUUAAAGCCCUAAGUAAUUUAAAGUAUAUGAUGAUGUAUUGGGGGUGCUUUGCUGGAACUGAGAAAUUAAUAAGUAUUUAAGUGAUCCAUAUUGUACGUAACGCGAACAGAGGGCUUGAUUAAACGUUUAUCACGCCGCAUUUGAACAUACUUGAAAGUCAUUCUAGUCGUAAUAAACCAUUUUAGAAGCCAAUUCUUAGUCAGAUGCAAACCAAUUAACCAUCAGUUCAGCAUUUAUUCUUUAAACAGAUCCAGUGAACACCCCAACUUUGUUACUUUCAAGUAUCUUCUUUUGACGACUGCUUUUCAUGUUGACCCUUGUUUUACACCAAAAAACCACACUCGGAGAUGUGGUGUCUACUAGCGAGCUAAAGAGUAAAAACAAAUUAAGUUUAAGCAAACAUUUAUAAACUAGCCUAGUCGUAAACAAAGAAAACCGAAGGUUGGACAGCAGAACAGAAGAGUUUAAAACCUAUAAAGCAGGACAUACACAAUUCAAAUAUAAAUGUUUACACGAACGAGAUACAGUAAAAGGAAAAUAUGCUAAGUACAUGAAAUUACUGAUUCUACUUUUAAUGUGCAAAAUAACAGAAAAAUAAACAGAGCAGAAUAACAAAAGAAUAAAGCCAGAAAUCAAAGGAGUGUGUUCGCAGGAGGAGAGGAAAAUGUGUGUAAAAUAUAUUUAAAGAAACAUAUUAAAUUAAUUUAAUUUAAAGUAAAUAAAUCAAAGCCUUGUAUGGGCAUAUUGUAAAUGGUGGUGAAAUUAAAUAAAAUGUGUG